CACCCACGUGUCUGGCUUUGUACCCCUCCCAGCUGCUAAGCCAGAGCCUCUUUCGCUUUCCUUUCCCAGCGGCCGGGGGGCCCUGAUGGCGGCUUGGGGGAGCUUCGGUGAGCGGGAGGACGGCGCGAAGAAAGACCGGGGCUUCUGGGAGUACGACUCCACCUGGGAAAGCGAUGAGGGGGAGGCGGCUGGAGCAGACAGCGAGGAGGAGGAUUCCUUGCCGGGGAGGUUGCAGGGCUCCCAGCAGGCCGGCGGCGCACAGUCUAGAUGGUAUUGUUUAUACAGGACGUCGAUUAUGUUUUUGUGGAAAGCUCUUUCAGCUCUUAAACUUUCAGAUGCCCAGGAACGAAGACGACCAACGGUCUCAUCAAUGGGCUAUAGAGGUUUUGAGUUCUCGAUGGGACGCAACUGGACAGCUGCAAAAGAUAUGCAGAGAUACAGGCAUCAUUAUCCGGGUUUGGAAGAAGGGGAAGAUGAUGAUGAAGAGGAGGAGGAGAUGUGGAAUUUAAGUUUUUACAAAAAUGAUAUUAGCUUUCUGCCUCAUGGUUUAUAUAUUGAUGAGCUCCUUGAAGCUUGGCAGGAGGACUAUGAGACUCUGGAAGAAAAUCAUUCUUAUAUACAAUGGCUGUUCCCUUUACGUGAGCGUGGGAUGAACUGGCGCGCAAAGCCUCUCACACUUAAAGAAAUUCAGGCCUUUAAGAAAAAUGAGGAAGUUAUGCAAAGAUUCGUUAGAGCUUACAAACUCAUGCUGGGUUUUUAUGGAAUAAACUUGAUAAAUCAAGAAACGGGGCAAGUGAGAAGAGCAGAAAACUGGAUUCAGAGAUUUCGCAACCUUGAUCGGUUUAGUCACAACAAUUUACGGAUAACCCGUAUUCUGAAGUGUCUGGGAGAGAUGGGGUAUGAACACUAUCAAGUGCACCUGGUGAAGUUUUUCCUAACAGAGACUCUUGUUUUCCAAACGCUCCCAAAUGUUAAGAGAAGUGCCUUGGAUUACUUCCUGUUCACCAUCCGAAACAAGCAUAAGCGAAGGGAGCUGAUACACUAUGCAUGGAAACACUUCAAACCUCAGCAUAGGUUUGUAUGGGGGCCUCCUAAGAAACUCCUGGCAUACAAACCUCCGUUGCCAAAGACCCAGCACUGCCAAAAGGCUGCUGCAGCAAAAGGCUGA